AUGGCUGCCACAAACGACAUUGAGACCAUGGGCAAGACCAUGUCGGAACACUUCCAUACCGCCGACACGCUGUCUUCGUUUGAGCGAGACUUUACCCGGUUCUCGCGCAGCGUCAUGAGGGUCAUUGCCGAGCCUCUCAUCAAGCAAAUGGGCUUCCAUCAUGAAACCACGGAGCCGGCGGUUCUUCUGGACAGCGCGUGUGGAUCGGGCGUGGUGAUGCAGGAGGUGCAGGCUGCGCUGUCCGAUCAAGUGUUGCAGCGGAGCUCGUUUACAUGUGCUGACAGCUCGGCGGCCAUGGUGGAUUUGGUGAAGAAGAGGAUUGUGGGCGAGAAGUGGGUGAAUGUGAAGGCGACUGUGCUUGAUGCCAUGAACACAGGGCUUCCGGACAAUACCUUUAGUCAUGUAGCCCUCGGUUUGGCACUUCACGUUAUCCCAGAUCCGGAUGCAGUUGUAAAAGACUGCAUGAGAAUCCUCAAGCCAGGCGGCACCUUUGGCGCCUCAACUUGGUCCAAGGCCAAUGGCAGCAUCUUCUGGAUCCCCGACAUGCGCUCAGCAUUAGAUUCAUUGCCAUUCGACGCGCCGUUCCCAGACCCAAUGCCCAUGCAAAUGCACCAUUCCGGCCACUGGGACGACGCAGCUUGGAUCGAAAAGCACCUUGCUGAGGACCUUGGGCUUGCCAACGUGUCAGUCAAAGAGAACCGAGGCACUUAUACUUUUGAGGAUGCGUCAGAGUUUGUGGACUGUUUUAGCAUGAUGCUGCCAUGGGUGAUGAGUACUUUCUGGAGCGAGGAGGUGAGAAGUGCGCAUUCGUUGGACGAGGUGAAGGAGCUGUUGAAGCAGCAUCUGGCGAAGAAGUAUGAGGGAGGGGGGUGGAGCAUUGAGUGGCUGCUUCCACCUCCAACCAAGAUUCCGCCCGUCCACGAUGCUGUUCGCCGUCGUCGCAACGCUGGUUGGUGGUCUGGCGUCGUUUGCGGCGGCCAAUCCCAAUCAUCCUGGGACGCUGCCUUCAUAUCACUAUGGCGCGCCGAUCCACGUCGAGUGCAUGAACCGAAGCUCGUAAGUUCUCGGCAGACAGACAGACAGACAGACAGACAGACAGACGGAAAGCUUGAAGCUAUCGUGACAUUGAAGCUGACUGGCUCUCCCUCUUCCUUCUUCUUUAGCGAUACGGGCGAGCAUGUCGAACUGCCCAACCACCAGCUGCAAUGGAUCCCCUUCCCGACCUGCAACGAAACCGGCGAGCCUCUGCAGUUCCAGUACGGCGUCGAGGGCGAGCUCAACUGCACCGUCCCCCUCAUCACCGACCCCUUCUUCCACCUGCUCGAGUUCUACAUCCACAACGACGCGCCGCUCUCGUGCCGCCUGCCCGCCCGCCCUGCCGCCCACGUCGAGGUCAUUGGCGAGAAGCCGCCCGAGCAGGAGUACAUCCCGCUCAUCUUCGCCCUGGCCGGCACGCUGCAGCUCAGUCACAUGCACAUCAGCACGCACAUGAACGUGCUGCUGCACAGCAUGCCGAAACACCACACGCACCAUCACGACAGCGGCGUCCUCGACUCGGCCGUUUCGUACAGCACCAGUCCGCUGAGCCACAUGGCCGGGUCCUUCACCAAGAAGCUCGUGAUUGGGGAUCCGCUGCCGUUUAGCUUCUCCGUGCGAUGGUUCCCGACGCCGAUGCUGCCCAAGACGGAGGGCAGGGUGGAGUGGCAGGGCUUGGGAGGACACAUCUAUGCAAGCACCGUCUUUUACAGUCUGGUUUCGUUUAUCGCCGGUCUCUUGGUGGCUGGCAUGUACACCAUGGGCGUGAUUCUGCCCCGGAGGCUCAAGGGACGGGCCAUGGGCGGAGCUACGCCGCUGGGCUAUGGCGUGGGCAAUGGAUGGGGAUACUCUAAGAGAAAGGACUAG